AUGGAAGGGAGUAUUGUGAUGGAGGAGUCAGAAAAGCAGAGUUGCAAGCCACAUUGCAGCGACGCAUGGUUCGAAUUGGAGAUGGAGCUUCCCUCGGGAACUGAACCAUUUCAGCUGGAGCAAGCGGUCUGCAGUCAUGGCUUCUUCAUGAUGCCACCCAACCACUGGAAUCCUCUCUCCAAAACCCUAACUCGUCCACUCCAUAUUCACAACCUUUCUUCUUCUUCUACCCUCCUCGUUUCCCUUUCCCAGCGCCCCCGAUCUCUCGCUGUUAGGGUUCAUGGCGUUCAUUUCCUCUCUCCUCAACAACAGCGUCACAUCACGGCUCAGGUUUCCAGAAUGCUGCGGUUGUCCGAAACGGAGGAAAAGGCUGUGAGGGAGUUCAAAAGCGUGCAUUCUGAUCAUCCAAAUAGAAGCUUCGGUGGACGCGUGUUUAGGUCUCCCACGUUGUUCGAGGACAUGGUUAAAUGCAUUCUCCUCUGCAACUGCCAGUGGCCAAGGACAUUGAGCAUGGCUCAGGCGCUCUGUGAGCUUCAAUAUGAACUGCAAAAUGAAUUGCCCUGUGCUGCUGUAGGGUCAGGCAAUUCAAAAGUUGAGACUGAGGGAUUCGUUCCCAGGACACCAGCUUCUAAAGAGACCCGGAGAAGCAAGGUUUCAACAAAGAGCAUGCUUCUUAAGAAGAAAUUAGAGUUGGAAGUGGACGUGCAUGGAAAUUUGCAAAUGGACCACAUGCUUGCUUCAAGUUCAGACCCGACCUUGCUUCCAACAGAUCAUGGCGAUUCAGAGGUGCUUCGAUCAGAUGAUUCAUGUUAUCAGUUCCCCGAUGAAGGAGAGUACUUUGACCGUACUGGAAAUUUUCCUUCCCCAGUUGAGCUGACAAACCUUGAUGAGAGUUUUCUGGCAAAGCGAUGCAGACUUGGUUACAGAGCAGGUUAUAUAAUAGAACUUGCGCAGGCAAUUGUUGAAGGCAAAAUUCAAUUAGAACAGCUUGAAGAGCUCUCGAAAGAUGCAAGUUUAUCCUGCUAUAAGCAGCUUGAUGAUCAGCUCAAACAAAUUAAGGGGUUUGGCCCAUUUACUCGCGCCAAUGUACUUAUGUGCUUGGGAUAUUACCAUGUCAUUCCAUGGGAUUCUGAAACUGUUAGACACUUAAAGCAGGUUCAUUCAAGAAAUACAACCUCUAAAACAAUUGAGAGAGAUCUUCAAGAGAUUUAUGGGAAGUAUGAGCCCUAUCAGUUCCUAGCAUUCUGGUCUGAGAUAUGGCACUUCUAUGAAACAAGGUUUGGGAAGAUGAAUGAAAUGCGUUCUUCUGAUUAUAAACGUAUAACUGCUAGUAAUAUGAGAAGCACUGUGAAAACCGCAAACAAGAGGAAGAGACCAUCACGGAAAUGCUAA